CUCCCCUCUCCUCCUCAUGCUGCUUUAUUUCUCUGUCACCAUUACUUCCACCUCAGAGCCAAAGAUGUCUUGGACGUAUGCAACCCUCCUGGCUCUGCUCGCUGUGCUUCUUGCACUCAGCUCGUCUCCAGAGGCCGAGUCUGCAGCUGUGCGCCGGAGAGCAGGCAGAGCUAAAAGUCCCCAAGAUCCAGCCAGGAGGAUCUUCAUGAAAGAGUCUGAAGCCUCAACCUUCUUCAGCAAGCGCAGCAGGCGGACCACAAAAUCUCAGGAUGAGGUCGACGCGGAGCAGAGGUUAGUUCUGGCUGCAGACAAGCAGAGGAGAGAGUCGUACGAGGAGAAGAGGAAUGCAUUUGAGAGCUACGCUGAGAAGGAAAAUGACGAGCAGAAUGAGAGGACCAGAGAGAGCACCGAGCAGUGGAGGGAGUUCCACCAUGAUGGGAUGCAUCCUCCCCACGAGCACAACCAUCACACCGUCUGAGCAGCAGGAGUUGGAGAUGCUGGAGGAAGACAAGCUCAGACAAAUUAUAAUUAACCAGAUUUUUAUUGCUAUAAAAUAAGAUUUUUAUUCUUUUGGUAA